GAUAUUGAAGCAAAACGACUUGCAAAAUGAACUCAUUAUUAUAUUUGCUACCAUUUUCAAUUGUGAUCGGUGCAAUUGGAAUUUUAAUUUAUCUCUAUAAUCAAUUAAAUUUUUGGUCAAAAAAAAAUAUUCCACGAACAUCAUUAUUUUUAACAGUGAAAACUUUUUAUCAAGUAUUUGGUCAACGUAAAUCUCUACCCGAAAUUCAUCAAAUUAAUUAUAAUGCUUUUUCAAAUGCACGUUAUUUUGGUACGUUAAAUUUUUUCACGCCAACAAUAACAAUUCGCGAUCCAGAAAUAAUAAAAGAUGUUCUUGUGAAAAAUUUCGAUCAUUUCACCGAUCAUCAAAGUUUUGUUGAUGAAAAAACUGAUCCAGUUUUUGGAAAAAAUCUCAUAUCACUAAAAGGUGAACGAUGGCGAGAAAUAAGAAAUACAUUAUCACCAUCUUUCACAGCUGUAAAAAUGAAAUUUAUGUUCGAUUUAGUGUCAAUGUGUGCUAAAAGUUUUAUCGAAUAUUUCAAUAAUCAUCCUGAGGAAGCCGAAUGUUUUGAGGGAAAAGAUAUUUUUACUAAAUAUACAAACGAUGUAAUUGCAAGUGUGGCUUUUGGAAUAAGUGUUAAUUCAUUGGAAAAUAAGAAUAAUGAAUUUUACACUAAAGGAAAGGAUGCGACGAGUUUCAAUUUUUUUCGCAUUAUCAAAAUGUUUCUUUUUAUUUUUUUCCCAAAAUUAAUGAAAUUAAUGAGACAAAAAGUGUUACCCAAUAAGACGGAUAAUUUUUUUCGUACUGUCAUUAAAGACACUUUACGAAUAAGAGAAGAAAAGAAGAUUAUCAGACCAGAUAUGAUUCAUUUAUUGAUGGAAGCAAGAGAUAAGGAAAAUGGAAUUGAUUUAUCGAUUGAUGACAUUAUUGCCCAAGCUUUUUUAUUCUUUUUUGCUGGCUUUGAAACAUCAUCGACUUUUAUGUGUUUUCUUGCUCAUGAACUUGCAGUUAAUGAACAAAUACAAGAGAAAUUACGCAAUGAAAUUGAUAAUUUAACAGCUGACAAUGAAAUUUCCUACGAUAUUGUUAAUAAAAUGACAUAUUUGGAUAUGGUAAUUUCAGAAACACUGAGAAAAUAUCCACCAGCCGCUGCAACAGACAGAAUAUGUGUUAAAUCAUUUUCUCUACCUCAAGCUACACCAGACACCAAUAAAUAUACAAUAGAACCUAAUUCACAGAUUUUUAUUCCAAUCUACGCUUUACAAAAUGAUCCAAAAUAUUUUCCAGAACCAGAAAAAUUUGAUCCAGAACGAUUUAGUGAUGAAAAUAAAGACAAAAUUAAUCCCUAUACUUAUUUACCAUUUGGUCUUGGACCAAGAAAAUGCAUUGGAAAUCGUUUUGCAUUAAUGGAAAUUAAAAUUCUCUUUGUUUAUAUUUUGAAGAAUUUUGUUUUAGAAAAAACUGAGAAAACAAAGGAUCCCAUAGAAUUCGAUAAUAAAUUUGCAAUGUCUAUCAAAGGUGGAUGCUGGAUCAAAUUAAGAGAAAAAGUAUCAUUUUAUUGACAUUUUUUAUAUAAUUAAAAAUAUUCUAAAAAUUUUUGUGAAAUAUUUUGUGAUAUUGAAAUAGAAUGUAUAGUCAAUUUAAGACUCUUCCUUAUAAUCAUGAUAACUAGCAUUAAUAUUAUUAAGAUAAUAGAACAACUGAAAAUAAGAGUGAAAACAAUAAAAAAAGUCGUCGCGGA